UGGUGAUCAGCUGUUGAUAUUUAAAGAGCUUAAGAUGUACUUUGUAUUUUAGUUACUUUCCAGCACUUUCUGUAUGGACAUAUUUUCAGUGUAGUCCCCCAGAAUCUGUCUGACAACGCAGAGUGUUGAUGAAGUUCAUGUUUUACAGACUAAUUAAGAAAUGCUUCAAAGCCUGCUGUCCAAGACAAGAAACCUCUGACUGAAGUGAGGAUGGAAGGUCACCAGGGGUCAGCUCAUCAUAGCUGGCACUGUCAGAAUAAAGUGAGGACGUCCAGACUGAGGCUUCUGCAUGAGAGCACCUUGAACCUGGGUGACACAGCACCCUGCUACACCACCACCCACCACCAGGUCUCUAGUUAUUCUGGGCGAUCGGCUGACGGACGUCCUCUCAUCUUCCAUCUCAGAGACCCCAGCGUCCCUUCACAGCAUCAGACUGGGCUGGACCUCAGUGACAUCACUGCGCCGCCGCUGUGUCCGCUGCAGUCACACACUAAGGAGCUGCACGGGCCCAAACACGUCGCUAAGAGGACUGACCCGAAGGAGGAAAACUGGGCUCGGUAUCGCAGCGGCCGGGCCAUCAGAGAGCUCACCAGCCCACAGGAUGCAUCUGGGUACCAGAGCAUCUACAAAGCAGAGCACACACUCCCAGUGCCCGCCGGCUCACCACAGCUGGCUGGUGGCAGACCAACUCAGUGGCACCAACACAACAUACUGACAGGUGAGCUGAGGCAGGCGGCUGGUCCACGGACACGGUCCGGAGAUGAACCGCUGAGGGCGGCGAGGCGUUGGGAGACGGACUGCUGUGCACUCAGACUCUACUGACACUCUUUACACACUGCACUGACUGACAGGAAAUGACAUCACAGCACUUACAGUGAUUAAACAUUAUAGACAUCCAUGACCUCAGUCUGGUUUGAUGAUGAACACUAAUGAAGCUAAAAGCAGCUCAUCUGGAAAAUUCCAUUAAUGUCUGACUUCCAUGAAAGAACUUUAUUUAUUUUCUGGUGAAUCAGUCAGUUUCACCUGCAGUUUGUGCAUUAAAUUUCCUGAGCACAUUCCUGCUCUCCAGAGAACAAACCUUUUAAUUAAAUCAAUAACCUCAAGGCCACUCAGGACAAACUACAUUUACUGCUACAUUCAUCCAGUUCAAACAGACAAAUCAACAGAAAGCCAGUGGAAAUUCAUUUGGAUCAAACUUUAUUCAUUUUCAUAAAGGUCUCCAGUAAAGACAGAUGAAAUGUGUUGAAGACGGCGACCAGACCAGAAACAGAGGGACUGAGGAGGAAAGAACACAUAAAUAAGAACAGCAAACAAGUUGACUGACA